AAAAAAAAAACCAUGUCUUUAGCAGGCUAUUUCUUUGGUAAUGUGGAUGAACAAGGACGCCUUGAGAGCGACUUAGACGAAGAUCUUAGAGAAACACUCUCCAGCGUGGAUGCCAAUGUGAUGUCCAAGAUCUUUAGUGGAGACACGUUUGGGUUAGAACAUGCAACGCGCAAACAACCGGGCGACAGCGAUGAAGACGAAGAGGAAGAGGAAUUAAGCACUAUGGAUCGUAUUCCUAAUAUUCCAACAGCUCAUGCCAAAGAUGCGGUGGAUUAUUCUGAUUUUGAUGAGGCUAUUCCUGACGUACAAGACAAAUAUUAUCGACGUGGUAUGAGCAUGGUCCAAAAGAACUUGCCUCGUUCGCGUCUUGCUCUUGUCACGGAUAAUUACGAUGAUGACGAGGAAGAAGAACAGCAAAUCAAACAAGAGCCUAUGGAAGUAGACACGUCUGUUCUAGAUGAUACGACGCCUCAGCACAAAGUCGAUGUUCGACAAUUAUUCCCCGGUUUUGAAAAAGGCAAGAUUCUCAAGUUCUCAGAGUUGUUUAUGGCCAAAAUCAAGCGUCCUCCUAAAUUGGCUCCUCAAAAGCGAAUUGUCUAUGGUGAUGGAUAUGAAUACGAAGUAGAACGGGAUGACCGUAACCUGUUUUUAAGAACCAGUAAACUCGAUCGUCUUCGCCUUGAACAAGCAAAACACAACUCUAAAAAGCGACGUAUUGAAGCUAUGCAACAACGAGUAGAAAGCAGUGGCAAUGAAAGUGAAGAAGACGACGAUGAUGACGAUUAUCUAGAAGAACUAGAUGGUCUUGCUGACGUAGCACCACUCAAAGUACUCGAAAACGACAAACUGUAUCAUUCAGUCAUGUUAGAUGACUGGGAGAAUGAUAUUGUAUGGGGAACAGACGAUGAAAAAACGCUUGUCCCUACAGAUGCUUUAGCCGAGAACAAUCAGCAGCCAAUGAAGCAUUUGAAUAUGGAACUAGAAGAAGGAGACUGGAUUGAUGCAGUCAUUUGGAAUAAUGAGAAACCAGAUAUGUCGAGUAUGAAGAUUGCACUCGACUUGAAUGAUCCCAACAUGCUAUUUGAUGUGGAAGAAGUAGAGGCAACCAAAGAACUCUUACCACAGCCUAAACAUGUCAAAAAGGGACGUAAACCAUUGCCUCGACCACUACCCAAGAUUCAGAUCUUCCAUACAGAGACAGAACCACACAACAAACUACCACUUAAUCGAUUCAAUCUGUCGAAUGACAAGCAUUAUGAAUCCCAUCUUGCUGGAAGACUCAUUCGUGUUCGACAGACAUUUGGUCAAUUGGUGGUUCAACAUGCCUUACCUGCUCUUAAGUUACACCCAGCCUUGUACAAAACAAAGCUUAGCAAACAAGAGCUUCGUUCAUUCCACCGACCUCUUAUUCAGUUGCCUACCAACACAGACCUUCACUUUUCUCGCAUGAAGGCUAGCAAAAAGAAAAAGAAAGACAAAAAGAAAGGGCAUGUGGAUAUUAUUCGCAGUACAAAAGACUUGACACUCAAGGACAGUUCAUCUUUUGUGCUGAUGGAGUAUUCAGAAGAACAUCCCCCUAUCAUUUCUAACUUGGGCAUGGGCACACUGGUCAUCAACUAUUACCGAAAGACAGAACCCAAAGAUGAAUUUGUGCCUAAUGCUGAUAUUGGCGAACCCUUUGUGCUGGACAUUGGUGAUACUUCUCCCUUUAUGACAUUUGGUAAUGUUGAACCUGGUCAAACAAUCUCUGUUUACUACAACAAUUUGAUUCGUGCACCUCUUUUUCGACACGAUGUGAAGCAUACUGAUUUCUUAUUGCUCAAGAGUACCUAUAAAGACCAAACCAAAUACUAUUUACGUGAAAUACCUGCUAUUUUUACUAUUGGCCAAUCUUAUCCUGUUCAAGAAGUACCUGGUCCUCAUUCACGUAAAGUCACUACGACCAUCAAGAAUCGACUCCAAGUAGUUGCUUAUCGUCUCAUUAAGCGCCAUAGUCUUCAACGGCUUAAAAUGAAUCGGUUAGCCAAAAAGUUCCCUGAAUACUCUGAUAUUCAGAUUCGCCAAAGACUAAAAGAGUUUCUUGAAUUCCAUCGUCGUAGUAAAGAUGGUGGUGGUGGGUAUUGGAAGACAAGAGGCGGUGGUGAUCCUCCCUCCGAAGAAGAUUUGCGUAAAAUGGUCACACCUGAAAUGGUCUGUUUAUACGAGAGCAUGUUGGUGGGUGAACGCCAUUUGCAAGACUUGGGUUAUGGUGAUGUGAAUGAUGAUGAUGAGACGGGUGAAGGUGACUCUAAAUUAGAAGUAGAACAACAAUUGGCGCCUUGGUUCUCUACUCGUAACUUUAUCAAUGCUACUCAAGGUAAAGCCAUGCUUAAAUUGUAUGGUGCUGGUGAUCCCACUGGUCGUGGAGAAGGCUUUAGUUUUAUUCGUGUGUCUAUGAAGGAUAUCUUUUUGCGUGCUGGUGAAUCUGCUGAAGAGAAAUUGGCACAGAUUGAAGCUAGACCUAAGAGUGCACAUCGUUAUAAUGUAGCUGAACAGCAACAGAUUUAUAAGGAAGAAAUUGCUCGUAUUUGGAAAGCACAAUUAGAUUCCUUAAGCAACAAGACAGAGCCUAUUCUUUCUGACCAUGAAGAUGAUGAGGAAAAUCAACCUGAUAGUCCUUCUGCUUCUGAAUUUGAUUGGGGACAUAGACAUGGCAUGUCUCCAUCUCCUGCAACACCUUCUUACCAACGUAGUCGAUUUGACCGUGCUACUUCAGAACUAGAUGAUGAUGACGUCUCUGUGACUGGAAGUAUGAGUUCUAGCUAUCAUAUUAACAACCAAAACAAAUACCUGAUUAUUCGACGCCUUAUUACACAAAAGAAUGGCGAGAAAGUAUGGCAGGAAGAGACAGUACGUGACCCUGUUGUUAUGAAAUCUUACUUGAGACAACGCCAAAUGAUUGAAGAAGAAGCCACAAGUGCUGAGACAUUAGAACCUACAGACGAUGAAGAGAAGAAUGCCCGUAUGAAGAAGCGAAUUCAAGAUCAAUUGGCCAAAUUGAAGCGUAAUGCUGAAAGACGUCGUCAAAGACAAUUAGCCAAACAAGCUGCUUUAGCUGAGAAUCCAGUCUUGGGAUUGAUUCGUGGUAAACGUGAGGGUGCUAUGCGUCGCUGCGGUAAUUGUGGGCAAAUGGGACAUAUGAAGACAAACAAAAAUUGCCCUAAAUUCUAUCUCAAUUUCAAUCCUAACGCUGAUGGACCACCUUCUGCUCCACCCGCAUCGAAUGAUCAAACAUCUCCUUCUAAUCCUAAUCCUGCAAGUCCAUCUACUGGUUCAGGUGGUAUUGAAAUCCUUUAAAUGUUGUAUAUCCCCUUCUCAUUGUAUAAUAAUAAAAAGAAAAAAAAAUAAAGACAUCUAUACCAUUAAAAAAAAA